AUGCAGCCACUGACUUUUUUGGUAAUUGCGAUAAUUGCACUUGCAAGUGCUCGUGAAAUUCCGACGCGAGUUGUCGGUGGCGAUGAUGCGCCAGAAGGAGCUCAUCCCUAUCAAGUGUCACUGAGACGGGGAAAUUCGCAUUUCUGCGGGGGAGUUAUUUUGAAUAGUCGAUGGGUCAUUACUGCUGCUCACUGUAUUGUUUUCCAAAGCGCGUCUUCAAUCACGGUGGUCACCGGCACGAAUAGUUUGUCCGAGGGCGGAGAUCGUUACAAGGCUAAAACUUUGAUCCCACAUAAAAAAUACAAUUCGAUGGUAUUUUCCAAUGACAUUGGAUUGAUCAGACUUGCUGAAGAAAUAAAGUUUAGUGACAAAGUUCAAGCAGUUUCAUUGCCGUCGAAUGACGACAUAUACAACGAGUACCCGGCAAAACUUUCGGGAUGGGGAGCAACUUCUCUUGGCAGUUAUUUGCCCGACAAACUUCAGGAGAUCGAUUUAAUGGUGAUCACUCAGACAAAGUGCAAAGGCUACCACUCUAUGGUUGCUGAUGGACAUAUUUGCACUUUGACUAAACUUGGAGAAGGAGCUUGCCAUGGUGACUCUGGAGGUCCACUAACUGCUGACGGAACUCUUAUUGGCCUCGUCUCCUUUGGACGUCCUUGUGCCCAAGGAUACCCUGAUGUCUACACCAGAGUCUGGUUCUACCUCGACUGGAUCACCAAAACGAUGGCUACUACGGACAAAUUAUUAUCAUAG